UGUUAUCGCGAGUUUUUAAGAUCACACGCGGAAGCUGUUUGUGUCGGUAGCGGUUGGUCGCGUUUGGGCUGCGAUUCGAGCGAAAAAUUCUACCGGUAUAGUCUGAAUUUAAACGUUAUACCGAGUGUUUUACGUUUGCUAUAGCUGGUCCGCGAUGGGGAAAGCAGAUUUUCUCUCCCCCAAGGCGAUAAGCAACCGGAUAAAAUCCAAAGGUCUCCAGAAGCUGAGGUGGUAUUGUCAGAUGUGUCAGAAGCAAUGCAGAGACGAGAAUGGCUUCAAGUGUCACUGCAUGUCCGAGUCCCACCAGAGGCAGCUGCUCCUGGCCUCGGAGGAUCCGACAAAGUUCAUGGACUACUUCUCCGAUGAGUUCAAAAACGACUUCGUGGAGCUGCUCAGAAGACGUUUUGGGACCAAGCGAGUGCACAACAACAUUGUCUACAAUGAGUACAUCAGUGACCGGGAGCACGUCCACAUGAACUCCACACAGUGGGAGACUCUCACGGACUUCACCAAGUGGCUGGGCAGAGAAGGCCUGUGUAAAGUCGACGAGACCCCCAAAGGCUGGUACAUCCAGUACAUCGAUCGCGACCCGGAGACCAUCCGCCGCCAAGAGGAGCAGGCGAAGAAGAAGAAGCAGGAGAUGGACGACGAGGAGAGGAGCGCCAGGUUCAUCCAGGAGCAGGUCCGCAGGGGCCGCGACGGCAAGGAGACAGACGUAACUCCGGUUUACACAGAGCUGAAACGUGAGAGCGAAGAAGAAAAAGUUGCUUUCAACCUGGGUGCUUCCUCAUCUAUAGCCGGUCCUUCCAAAUCAAGUUCUUCCCUGGGUGCUAGUGCUCUCAAAACAGCAGCGUCGUCCUCGACCAAGAGGAAAGACACGUCCUCCAGUUCAGAUUCCAGAGGGGAGAAGAAGAAGAAAUCUGCUCUGGAAGAGAUCAUGGAGAUGGAGGAGGAGAAGAAGAAGAAGCAGUCGGUCAGAACAGAUUACUGGCUGCAGCCCAACAUCGUGGUCAAAGUCAUCACCAAGAGACUGGGCGAGAAGUACCACAAGAAGAAGGCUGUCAUCACGGUAACAGUGCUCUGUGGUCGUUUAGGGGAGGUGCGAGACAAGUAUGCAGCGGUGGUGAGGAUGAUCGACUCCGGAGACAAGCUGAAACUGGACCAGAAUCACGUCGAGACGGUCAUACCUGCACCAGGCAAACGGGUUUUGAUCCUGAACGGUCCGCACAGGGACACGGAGGCUCUGCUGGAGGGGAUCGACGAGAAAAAUUUCUGCGCCACACUCACGCUCGACUCUGGUCAACAGAAAGGGAAGAGAGUGGACGUCGCCUAUGAAGAUUUCUCAAAACUGGCCUGAACCGAAAGACCCCCCCGCCCCCCCGGUUUUAACCUCAGGCAUCCAUUUUUUUUUUUCCUGUGGGACUCUACUGUGUCAGAGUUACUUCCCCAUGAUUCACCUGUACAUAUACAUAUCCCACCGUGCAUUUCCAGUGAGGCGUCACAGAAAAACACAGAGCAAUGAGUUCAAUUUGUUUUUUAUUUUGUAUGAAUAUUCAAGCUGAUCUUAACAUUGCAGAUGUAAAUUUUCUCCAAAUAAACUCAACAAAAGUGA